AUGGAGCAACGAUUGCGUGAAUCUGACGAUGUAUUCCGACCAACGGCCCUUACUGCGCAAAAUGCUCGACAUCGUGAGAACCCGUCGUCACCAGCGACAUUUCGUCCGAUUCCUGUUCCAGAGCCUGUUGCAGUAUCUUCCAUACCAUCUGUUACUCGUCAUUUGCAUCAAUCAAAGCCACAUCGUCGGGUGUGGCCCGAACCCGAGACUUUCUAUGGACCUACUGUCCCCAGUCGAACAACAAGCUCAUCACACGUCUCGAGUACACUCAAGCCACGCAAACGCGAUGCCGAUGAGAUCACAGAUGCAGGCGAUCAUGAUCAGGCGCGACCGGUUUCUUCUCGACGUGUUCGCCGAAAAAUGUCGCUGGAAGGACCGUGCCGCCCCGAGAACCAUCAGAGUGUGGUUGUCUCUGACGACGAUGAAGGUGAUCUCGAGGCUAUGGAUGAAGACGAUGUCGCGGAUACUUCGACGACCUCCUACGAUGAAGAAAGUGAUCUGCGUGAAGACAUGAAGGAGGAAGAAAUGUCGAGCGGGUCAGCCUCACUCAGCUCCAGUAGUAUGGAGGAGGACGACCUGGACAAUCGCGAUGAGGUCGAUGUGAGCGAGAGCGACGAGGUCAUGGCACCUCCCGCAGGUUUCAACAAGCGCUCGUCAUCUGCGCUUAAGCGUCCCGCUGACACAUCAGAUGAUCAUGGUCCUGGCGAUGAAUGGACAGAUGCAAAUGGUCUGAGAUGGCGCAUUGGCGAUGACGGUAUACCCCGACGAGCUGUCAUGCUAAUCGAAAUGAAACCCAAAUAUGCGAUGCCUCGUGAUACUGUGCAUCCAGAUGCACGGGCUCGUGUGCCGAUGCAAAUCGAAAGGUUUCUUUCUCAUGAUGAAUAUGAAGAGGCGAAGCGCAAGAAACAACUCAGCUGGCAGCAUGAAUUAUCGCAUGCUAAAGGGUCAGUGUCAACUUCUUCGUCUCCGCCAAGCUUUCGCAGUGACGACGUCGAAGACAGCAUGGCUAGUAUAGUUGCUCGCCGUUCACGAGGUCAGGCGCGUCGUCGAGGUGCGAAUGACUUGCUGUUUAGCGACUUGACGCGCUCAAGUCGCUCGUCACUCUCUGGCGGUGACGAUUCGAUGUCGAAUGUCUCAAUGGGUGAUGCAAGUGCAGAUGACAGCGCUUCGUUUUCAUCGUCCUUGCUUGGUGACCAGGCCGACAUGUCACGUCGCUUGCGUCUUUCACGCGCCUCUGCUUCUCCAGCUAGACGCACAGCCUCGCCAGCACGGGCCGUACCGCUUAUGAGACAACGAUAUGCACGGAUAUAUGGCGCAUCUCCGCACUCUCAGUCCCCGGUGCGAACUUCUUUGGAUCAGGAGGCCAAGCGGAAACGUGAAAAGCGACUCAUGUCACGGCUCCAUGCUGAGCGUGAUGAAGCAGCGAAUCAUACUAGUUCUGGCACAACUUCGUAA